AUGCCUACUGUUACACUACCCGGAGCUCUGCUCGAUCUGCACGCUGCCGAAAAGGACCUGUGGUCUUGGCCGACUUGGGCGACGCUGGUGUGCACCGAUCACCCGCCAUGGUCACCGGAAGCCGAGGAAAACCCGCCCGAGGGAUGGGACGCGAACAUGGUGUUGGCGGUGAGGGCGUUCGUGGAAAAGUAUUUUAACACGAAAGCGAAGAACAAGUUCGACUUCAUGAAGAGGCAGACGGACGAGUACAGCAAGGGGCGCAACGCCUGGAUCCAAUGGGUGGCGGAUACGUAUCGUACGUGCAAGGUGAACGCGAGGGUGGAUGAGGUAUUGAUAGAGGCGAACCGCGACCCGUUGACGGUAAUGCGGGCGAUGAAGACGAGCACGCUGCCGUCCGCCACCGACGCCGUGUUGUGGGCGUUUUAUGAGGUGACGAUAUACAGAGUGCUCGGGCCGGAAGGGUUGUAUGAGAACCGGAUGCCGAAGAAGGGACCGAACGAGUUCAUCAGCGUGCUGCUGAUCCAUUGCUGGGAGAGGUGGAGGAAGGUGGUGAAGCGGGACCAGACGGCGAUGAAGAAGAAGCGGGCCGAAGUAGACAGGCUGUGGAAAGAGAUGUCGGAGAAGACGCCGACGAAGAAGGACCUCCGCUUGUUCCUCGGCCACAUCAAGACGCUCAUGGCGAAGUUGGAGCGGUACGGCGGCGACGAGGCGCUGGUGGCGGAGUUGGCGGCGCGGAAGGCGACGCUGCAGGCGAUGCAGGAGGCGCUGAAGAAAGAACGCGGGGACAAGACCCGCGCCCGCACACUCCCGCGAGCGAUGCUCAAGGCGCUCGACUCAUUGUCGACCGCGGCGGAGAUCCUCGUUAUGCAGAACGAGCUGAAGGAGGUGCUCGCGGCAUGCGGGCCCAAUGACGACGAAGAGGGCGUCGCGCCCGAGGUGCCAGACGGGCCCGAUGUCGAAGUCGAGUGGGAGGACGGCGUCGAAGAAUUUAAGACAAUGACGAGGGAGGAGCUGCUAGAGGCCCUCGGGAUUCCGAAGGAGGGGAUCCCCGGAUUCAGCAAGAAGCAGUCGAAGGAGGGGCUCGUAGACCCGUGGAGCGAGGAGUUCGACAAGCUGGCGCCGGAGGACCUCGAGGACCUGGAGCCGCGCUGGCACCAACUCGUCGGCAUGCUCAAAAUGAUGUUGAAGAUGAUCAACGGUGAGCCGGUGUUACUGAUGGAUUCUGUAGGCGUCGGGAAGACCAUGCAAGCGGUCGGUGUCAUUGCAUUGCGGCAGUGGUACCGCGAAUAUUACACGCAGCACGGACGGUUCCCCGGGCUUGCAGGAAAGCGCCAGAUGCGCUCGAACGAGCAGCUCGACGGGAACUUCGACGCGCGACCGUCCCUCAUAGCCGUGCCCGCCAAUCUCAUCCCCCAAUGGGAGGCCGAGAUCAAGCGGUACCUGCUGAAGCGCGACUUCGACGUCGUGCUGUACCUAAACAAGCUCAAGUCGCGGGAGAACUGGUGGCAGGAAGUGUACGCGAAGUCGCUGCACGAUCCCAGCCACAGAAUUGUGCUGGCGUCGGUCACGGCGCUGCAGGACGACGCCAGGGCGACUCUGACGAUCAAUACGCCGCGGUGGGAUGUGCCGGUGCAGCACUUCCGCUUCGCCACCCACGGCGCCUUGACCUUGUUCGCGACGAAAUGGGGAGUUUUCAUCCUCGACGAAGGGCACGAAAUCCGGACGCUCAACUGGACCUACAUCGCGGCACGGUUCCUGAUGGAGAUUAGUGCGAUGGGGAUCGUGCUGACGGCGACUCCGGUUAUGACGCGCCCGACGGACCUGUGGAACAUGGGCCGUCUCUUGAAGCUCCUGGCCUUCGCAAUCGAGAACGACGACAACGCGUUGCUGAUGGAGCGAGAGAUUCGGGCGGCGGCACGACGGGAUCGCAAAGUGCUGAAGGCGUCGGGGGAAGAUACCCACAUCCUCAACAUCGUCCACGGCAAGGGGAAGGCGGCCGCGACGAUCAACGAGAGCGAAGAACGGGAGAAGAUUGUCCAGUGGAUCGAGGUGAUCCGCCACGGCUUCCAGGGCGCCGUCAUCCGCCGGACGCAGGCGUCGGUCGACAACGAGGGACAACCCAUUUCCGGGCUGCCCCCGUAUAUCCAUCUCCCUCUCGUCGUCGAUCUGCACCAGUACGAGCUGGACAAUCUCGACGACAUCGCGAAGCAGAUGAUCGAGGAUGGGGUGGUGGCGAAGCAGGCAAAGUACACGUCGGGGAAGUCGUUCUACCUCAACAUCCGCCGUGCGCUCACCCAUCCGGGGUGCAACCACGAGUUCGAGUACGAACUCCCCAACACCUUGGAGGACUGGCGCAACAAGCCCUCCAAAAAGCUGGAGACGUUGGUCGAGGUCCUGCAGCACCAUCUCGAGACCGACGGCGCUGCACCGCUGGCAGUCACUGGCCCUGGGCUUGGGAACCACCCUGACCACGUGGAGUUUCAUCCGGUCGCCGGGAGCCCCGACAAGAUCGUCGUAUACAUCAACUUCCCCAGCCACUUGCCGUUGAUUGGGGCGGUGUUGGACCUCUACGGCAUCAAGUAUGUCACGUACGACGGAGACACCACUCUCGCGCAGAGGCAAGUCAGCCUGAAGGAGUUCAAGGCGGCGGAUCGAGACGGACCGCGCGUCAUGAUCAUGUCCGGCGUCGGGCUGGCGGGCAUGAACAUCGCGUGCGCCAACCAUCUGAUCGUCGUGGAUACUCUGUGGUCGGCGCAGGAGGACGAGCAGCUUAUCGGUAGGGUUCAUCGGCCCCCGCAGGCAAAGCCGGUCCUCAUCUACAGGAUUAUUGCGGCGAAGACGCCAGACGUCUUCCUGAACAACAUCGCGUUCAACAAGGCGGUGAUGCACCAAGGCUUCACCGGGGCGAGUACGGCGAUCAAAAAGGUCUUUGCUGUGGGCAGCGACGACGACGCCGGGUCCGGAGACGAUGACUCCGACGAGGACACCGAGGAUCCGUCGGAACCCGACGAGGAUGGCUCGUCGAAGGCACCCAAGCCGAAGCCCAAGGCACCCAAGCCGAAGCCCAAGGCGCAGCCGAAGCCCAGGGCGCCGCCGAAGACCAAGGUGCCUAAACCCAAGCCUUCGCAAAAGCAGGCGGACGUCAGCGACGCCGACGUCGAGGUGCUGGAGGGUCCGCCCCAAGGGAAGCGCAAGCCACGGAAGAAGGCACAAGCGGCGAAGAGCUCAGCGGUCGUUCCCAGCUCUUCCGAGGAAGAGGACGACGAACCAACUCCUGGCGCUUCCGGAGCCGCCCCUGUCCCCUCGAAGACUCCCAAGGUGACGUACCAGAACAGGCGCAAGGCUGCUCAGCCAACCGCGACUGAGGAGGUGGUCCAUGCGGGCACGAAGCGUAAGGACCGCAAGAGCAUGGAAGAGGAGGUACCCAAGCCGGCGGCGAAGAGAUCGGCUCAGCCGGAGGAAGCGUCCACCACGGAGGCUCCUAUGAACGUCGACAAUACUCUCAUCGCACCGUCUCCUCCGCCUCCCACUUCCCCUUCGUUGAAUUCCCUCGAGCUCGGCCACAACGUCAACCUGCCUGAGACCCCGGACCUCUCGCAGCGGGACUCCAUUCAGCCGCCUUCCGAACUCAGUUCGCUGGCGGAUGAAGACUCCAUCAAAGAAUUCGACGAGCCGCCGGCGCCGGCGCCUGAGCCUCCCCGACGCGUCACUCGAGGGAGCACGCGGAGAACCGCAGCCGAAGUCGUGAAGCAGGCUCGCAAAAACGAGCAGCCCACAACCUUCGACCAAUUGCCUAAGGAUAAAAGGGGCAAGCCGCGUAAAGGCGGGAAGUGA